UUUUGAUGGCUUAGCCAACGGCGAGGAAAAAAAGCAAAGAAAGAAAGAAAUGUGAUUCUCCAAACAAUAACACAAUCUCCAACCACACCCACAACACCAUCUUCAAUCCUAUGUAAUAAUUUUGCAUCACUUGAAUUCACACUCUAAUUAUCAAUCUCACUAACCCAGAUGGCUAAUCUCUUGCCAUCAUUUUCAUUCUCACUUAUUCCACUUAAUCACCACAAGUAUGAAACCAAAUCUUCAUUUAUCCAAAUUAAGCAUCACAACCAAUUUCUUAGUAAAAAAAUUCAAGAUCUCAUUAUACCCUUUUCUCAUAAUCACACUUCAAAAUUAUUUGCCACGUCAUCAAGAUUGUCUAUAGAAGAAACUGAGCAGAAACUCAUUCCUUUUACACAAUCCGUAGAUAUCAAAACAUCAUUUUCUUAUUUGUUUAGGACAGAAAUUGGUGAAGGUUUGGUUAAGGUUUAUGUUAAAAAGAAAAAAGAUUGUUUUUUUGUUUAUAUUGAGGUUUCUUCUUUAGAGUUAAGUAAUGUUAAAGGUGAAACAUUGGUGUUGUGUUGGGGUUUAUAUAGGGAUGAUUCAUCAAGUGUGGAUGAUGGAAAAGGGAUGAAUGUGAGCCCUUUUGUGGAAAAUUCUGUUGGAAAGUUUUCAGUUGAAUUGGAAUUUGAUGUUGAACAAGUUCCUUUGUAUUUGUCUUUUUUGUUGAGAUUUUCUGGGUUGGAAAUUAGAACCCAUUUGAAAAGGAAUUUCUGUGUGCCUGUUGGUUUUCUUCGGGGUCGCCCGGAUCCGUUGGGGAUCUCAUUUUCCCGUGAUGGGUCGAUCAAUUUCGCUGUUUUUUCAAGGCAUGCUGAGAGUGUGGUAUUGUGUUUGUAUGAUGAUGAUGAUGAUAGUGGUCUGGAGAAUCCUGCUUUGGAGAUUGAUCUUGAUCCUUAUGUCAAUAGGUCAGGUGAUAUUUGGCAUAUCACUUUUGAGAGUGCGAGGAAUUUUGUGAGCUAUGGCUAUCGUUUCAGAGGAGCUAACCGGAAUAACAGUUAUGCUGAAGGUGUUGUUUUGGAUCCUUAUGCUAGAAUUGUUGGGAAUUCUUUUCAGAAUGGUAUUGGUUCAGCGAAGAACCUUGGAUUUUUGAGAAAGGAACCUGCUUUUGAUUGGAGUGAUGAUUAUCAUCCGAAUUUGGAAAUGGAGAAACUAGUGGUGUAUAGGUUGAAUGUAAAGCGUUUUACCGAGCAUGAAUCUAGUCAACUUUCCAGUGAUUUAGCUGGGAAAUUUUCUGGUUUGGCUAAAAAAUUGCAGCAUUUUAAAGAUCUGGGGGUCAAUGCUGUUUUGUUGGAGCCAGUUUUCACAUUUGAUGAGAAAAAGGGACCUUAUUUUCCUUGUCAUUUUUUCUCUCCAAUGAACCUUUACGGACCAUCUGGUGAUCCUGUAUCUACUGUAAACUCUAUGAAAGAGAUGGUGAAAACUAUGCAUGCCAAUGGGAUAGAAGUUAUAAUGGAAGUUGUUUUCACCAAUACUGCUGAGACUGGUGCUCUUCAAGGUAUUGAUGAUUUGUCUUAUUAUUAUGCAAAUGGGAUUGGUGGUUUGAAAGUACACAGUGCUUUGAAUUGUAACUAUCCUAUAAUGCAAAAUUUGAUUUUGGAUAGCCUUAGGCAUUGGGUAACUGAGUUUCACAUUGAUGGUUUCUCUUUUGUAAAUGCUUCACAUUUGUUGAGAGGGUUUCAUGGCGAAUACUUGUCUCGGCCUCCCUUGGUCGAAGCAAUUUCUUUUGAUCCAGUACUGUGGAAAACUAAAAUCAUUGCAGAUUGCUGGGAUCCUAAUGACAUGGAACCAAAGGAGACUCGCUUUCCUCAUUGGAUGAGAUGGGCUGAAAUAAAUACAAACUUCCGCAACGAUGUGAGGAACUUUCUAAGAGGUGAAAGUCUUCUUAGCAACCUUGCAACAAGACUUUGUGGCAGCGGGGACCUGUAUUCUGACGGAAGAGGCCCAUCAUUCUCUUUUAAUUACAUUGCCGGGAAUUUCGGACUUUCUCUUGUGGACUUGGUCAGCUUCAGCAGUGCUGACCUAGAGGCGGAGUUGAGUUGGAAUUGUGGAGAAGAAGGACCUACUAAUAACACUGCUGUUCUUGAAAGACGACUCAAACAAAUCCGUAAUUUCCUAUUCAUCUUAUUUGUGUCAUUAGGAGUACCUAUUUUGAACAUGGGAGACGAGUGUGGUCACUCUUCUGGUGGUUCUUCUGCAUAUGGCGAUACAAAACCCUUCAACUGGGCUUCUUUGAAAACAGGUUUUGGUAAGCAAACUACACAAUUCAUUUCCUUUUUGACUUCCUUGAGAACGAGGCGGAGUGAUCUUCUUCAGAGUAGGAAUUUCUUAAAAGAAGAAAACAUUGAAUGGCGAGGAAUCGACAAGGCUCCGCCAAGAUGGGAAGAUCCAUCCUGCAAGUUCCUGGCCAUGACUUUGAAGACUGAACAAAAUGAGCUUCAAGAGAGCUCUGUAUCUUCUGAUAUAUUAGGAGAUUUAUUUAUUGCUUUCAAUGCAGAUGAUCAUCCAGAGACUGUAGUUUUACCCUUGCUUCCAGAAGGGAUGUCAUGGUACCGCUUAGUCGACACUGCACUUCCAUUUCCAGGGUUUUUCUUGACCAAUGGUGAUUUUGUCCCGCCUGAGCAAACAUCAGGUUUGUCUACUUAUGGAAUGAAGUCUUACAGCUGCACUUUGUUUGAGGCAAACAAAAAAGAAACGCAAGAAUUACACUUGCAAAAGGAACAAAAAUAAAAAAGCAAAAACUGGUGGAAUACAUGCGGCAAUUGAAAAUGAGAUAUGUGGCCAGGAUUUCUUUCAUCUCUUUCGUCUAGCAAUGCUUCGUAAAAACAAGCAUUUUCCUUAGAAGAAAUACUAUCCCCAAUCCACCUCCUCCCUCCUCAUCCUCUGUAAAUUUUGUCAUUACUUGAAUUUCCCUCUCAGUUGUAGAUUUGUAAAUCAAUAAUUAUGAUACGAUAAUAAUAAAAAAAUGAUGAGGAUGAGCCCUGGACAAUAUAUGGUUGUAUUAUGUGUAAAAGAUACUCAAUAGUUUCAUCAUGAUUGUUUCUCA